AUGGGCGAAGAAAUCCCAUCAUAUGUGGAUUUUCAUGGGUUCAACGAUUUCGCUUACUUCUAUCCAAAGCCCGUCAUUGUUUGGACAAUUGUCGGUACAGUUCUUUUGAUAAUUACAAUUGCAUCUUACAUUCCGCAACCAAUUAAACUGAUGAAGAUGAGAACAUCAUACGGUUUAGCUCCUGUUACAACAUUUUCUUCAACUAUUUGCCUUUGGUGCGUCGUUUUCAAUGUUUUAUGUCUCAAAUGGGAAGAUUUUGUUGGAGUUUUUCAUCAUUUGAACUUUUACACCUAUGCACGCUUUUUAACAUUCGCAAACUGCUUUGCACAGUGGUUUUUAAUGUCUCAAGUACCUUAUUUGAUCAUGAUUUUCUACGAUAAAGAAAUAAGACCCGGAGUUGACGAAAGCGACAUCAAGAAAGGCUGGAAACAGUUUAGAUCCGUCUCACUUAUUGCUGCCGUUCUUUAUAUUUCUUGCAUAUUCGUUUGGGGAGUCUUAGGUAUGAAGUUCAGCUUUAUGUCUCCAGCUAUCGACUACUUAGGUCAUAUUUCAGGUAUUGUCGGUUUUAUUAUUGAAGUCCUUCAAUUCUUACCACAGAUCAUCAAAACCUACAAAAUGAGAAGCAGUGGCUCUUUAUCUCUUCUCAUGCUUGAAAUUCAAGCUCCAGUUAACCUUGGAAACGCCAUUUUCAUGUGCUUUGGUAACCACGAGAGUUGGACAACUUAUGCAGCUUCAGUUGCCGAUGGAUUCUGGGAAUUCGUAUUACUUGGAAUGUGCAUCUACUUCAACAAGGUCGCCAACAAGAAGAAGGAGGAGUCUGCUUCCUCAGAUAAGGCCAAAUACGAAAUUGAGCUUCCAGAUAUGGAAGUUGAUAACAGAGACAUGGAGAAGAGAGUUGAUGCUGAAAAGGCUGUUGCUACAGCUUCUCCAGGAGGUGUUGAUGUCGAAGGUAACCCAGAUUAUAUACCAGAUUAA